AUGUAUGUAUUUCGCACAUCUUCUUUCUCUUUCUUUUCCUCUUCAGCGAUUAACUACAACUACAACUACAACUACAACUACAACUACAACUACAACUACAACUACAACUACAACUACAACUACAACUACAACUACAACUACAACUACAACUACAACUACAGCUACAACUACAACUUCAACUAUACUACUACUAUAAUUACUAUUAUCUUCUACUACACUACAUACUAUCUUCUACUAUUCACUCUUCACACUGUCAUCACCCCUCACAGGCUAUCAUCUCAUCAAAUUGUAACAAGAGGGUUGCCAUACAGCUUUAUAAUGUCUGACAUUCAUCACAUUGCUUCUCAGUUUAUCAAAGUCAUAGCAGCUGUGAUCUUUGAAGAACUGUUUCUUUAUUGA